AUGCCGCCGCUGCGGCGCUUCUUGUGGCUGAGCCUGGCCCAUCACUUUAUUGUGGUCACUGCAUGCCAUGAAGCCACCUAUGGACAACUCAUCCAGGAGUUUUGCUUCAGCAAGUUUAAAUCUGACAUGGAAACUCUCAGGCGGACACUGUGGUGUGAUUGGGAUAAGACUUUCGGCUGGUACGAAGAGCUUACCAACUGUACCGUACUGAUAGCUAAAAAACUGGAUUGUUAUUGGCCAAACCGGCUAGUGGAUGAGUUCUUCACAGUGAUCCACAAGCACUACUUCAAAAACUGCGCUGUCUCAGGAAGGUCUUUGAGAGACCCUCCUAACACCGUUUUGUGCCCAUUCAUUGUGGUGCCCAUUUUUGUCACUCUGCUUGUGACGGCACUGGUCGUGUGGCGAAGCAAACGCAGUGAAGGCAUUGUCUAAGCUUCGUCUGUACCUGGAGGCACAAGGCAAGUCAGUGAAGAGGUACCCACAUGCGAAGGACCUGGGACACUGAAAUUGGAUGCCUAGCAAGCUGUAAUGAGAACAGUUUUGUUGCUCCUUCUACAAGCGAAACACCAAAAAAGAAAGGAGUACAGCUAGACAAUAUUCAGUGGUAGAAAACAUCCUGCUACCUAGAGAAAACAUUAUAGCUAUCCACAUUUUCUAGAGGACAAACGCUUUCCUAAAGCCAAGACAAUGCGCCAGGGACUAAACUACUUUUCUCAAUAUCUGAAGCCCUUUCAUGUAUCCACGUUUGAGUCUUGUUGGAGACAUUUCUGCACUUUUGCCUCCCCUCUUUGAGUUCUUCAGAUUUACCUUCUCUUUGGGUUAUCCUUAGUUUUGUCUUAGUAAUCUUCCUGCUGUUCUUUGGUCAUUACCUACCCAUAUAUAUUUCCUUUAGGACUGUAAGCUGGUCUUUAGGUCAAGUAAUUUGAAA